AUAUGAAUGUCUCUGUUUAUUCUAAAGAAAAUUGCUACUUAGCUACAGCAACGCCAUUUGAGAAGCUAACAGUCCCAGUCUAUGCUUUUGUCAUAGCUAUGGGAAUCUUUUUAUUCAUUAUAAUGAUGAUUCUUGUGGGUUGUCGAUGUCGUUUAGCAUCAACCAAUAAGGAACAAAGAAAGAAUGAGAACCCCGACAAAUCCUGUCAUAAAAGACCGACUGGGACAGGCCUGGUUACCCCAAAAACAAAUCAGUCAAACAUUGAAAAUGAAAACAACAUGCUUUCGGAAGGACAAACUAUUUGUAAAAAUGAAUAUACGUGUAUAACAGAAUUAGAUGAAAUAAUGUCGAAACAAAAUUCUCAUUUAAGUGAAAAUAUUUACCAACGCCUGGAUGAAAAAGAAACACAUUUGUACGAAUGCCUGGGUGAAGACAACAAUCGUUUUUAUGAAGGCCUCAGCAAAGACGAACCUCAUUUUUACGAGCAACUUCCUCGAAAAGGGUGCAUUUAAAUGUAUAUUUAAAAGCAUAUGUAUUUAUGCAUAGACUAUAUACAUACAAGAAUGGUACACAUAUGAUGUAUUUUACUUGAUAUAAGUAAAAUGAUAAACAACUGAUGUUUUAAUUCAUAUUAUAGCAUUGAUGAGGUUAUCCAAUCAUUGUAAAAGCUGGACAAAUUAUUCCAUUAUAUGAAUGGAAUUUAAAAGGGACGAAUAAUUAUGUAUUCCAUACUCAAUCGUUUCAUUA